AUGCCAGCGGGAAUGUACGCAGUGAAACCCAUAGAUUUAGAUCCAGAUAAAUUCGGUGCGCAAAAUAUGAACACUGUUAGUCUGACUUGGGCUGAAGCAUUGGUUGAAUACGGGCAACAGAAAUAGUUGACUAAGAGUACCGAGUCCCAAGGAACGGAGGACACAAAUCAAUAUCCCGAAGACCAUCAUCGUCACCAUCACUUAUUUUACGGUCACGAUCACACACUCGAAACGGAGAAACCGAAAAUGUUGAUGGAUAUUCAUUGGUAUCGGAAGGAGAAUCGUGGAGAUCGCUGGAUCGCCGUGCUGAUUGGGGUUUUGGCCAUUGCCUGUGUAAUGAUUGAAGCUGGCUACAUUCCGGAGAAGACGCACAAAAUAGCAACCGACGCGCCUGACGUAGUACGAGUCGCUUCGUGGGAGAAGACGAAGUGUAAAAAGAAGAAGCAUUGGGAUGACGAUGACUAUCUGACGGUGACAGGAGAACCGUCGUCGGUGGCAGCUGCAUCAUGGGAUGAGAAGAAAUGGAAGAAGAAGAAGAAGCAUUGCGAUGACGAUGACUAUCUGACGGUGACAGGAGAACCGUCGUCGGUGGCAGCUGCAUCAUGGGAUGAGAAGAAAUGGAAGAAGAAGAAGAAGCAUUGCGAUGACGAUGACUAUCUGACGGUGACAGGAGAACCGUCGUCGGUGGCAGCUGCAUCAUGGGAUGAGAAGAAAUGGAAGAAGAAGAAGAAGCAUUGCGAUGACGAUGACUAUCUGACGGUGCAUGCGACCUUGGAACUGGCCUUCCGCUUCCGUCUUCGAUCACAUAACGUCUUCUACCCAGCACGCAUGAUCCAACUGAAAUCGUCUGCUCCGUGA